AUGUCGAACACUCGCGACAACCUCACUCAACCCAAGCAAGCUCAGCCGAACAGUAAAAAUCUUCGCCUCCCUCUUUCCUGCCCGUAGACAGACACCAUGGCUGACACAAUGGCAGACCGAAUCGACACGGAGAAGAAGCUAGACGCGACAGAAGCGAAGAUUGAGCAAGUCAAAGCCCAGCAAGAGCAGCUCAAAUCCAUCCAGGAUCGCAUCGAAGAACUGAAUGGGAAUAAGACGCGAGUCGAGAAGAUCGAAGCGCUGGAGGAAAUGCAAGACCGGCUCAAGCAGCUGAAAAAGUGA